AUGGCUGCUGCGGGUGGCGACGGCAAGGAGGCUCCGGUGAGUGGCGCAGAAGGCACUGGCGACUCUGCGAAGAAGGAUGUCGAUUCUGUCGCCUACCACCUGAGCAUGGUUGAUGGCACUGAGACCACGCUGAGCUUGAGCCCAACUGCUUCCAUUUAUGAUGCCUGUGUUGCAGCGGCUGCGUGGAAAGGUCUACACCCAGGUCAGAUCAGGCUCGUGGUGCAAGGCCAAGUGCAACCGCUUCCGCACUGUCGCAAAACGCAUCUGCGGGAAGCUGCAGGCGGCAUCACGGAUUUGUUGGCCGUGAUAUCGCGGACCUACUUCCUGGGGGCCGGCACUGGGCCGCUGGCAACGAAGUGCACCUCGACACAGUUCGAGCAUUAUCCAUCUUCCGCGUAUCUUGCAGACGAGCCGGUCGCUGAGCCUGCUGAGAUCAAGAUGGAGCUUUGCGAAGGGCAGCGCGUUGAGGCAGGUGGUCCAAAGGAAGGCGUCAUGUUCUGCCAGACGCGAGAUGGUGAUUCUGUGGGCCUGUGCCCUUCCCUUACUGGGCGCAUUCUCAUGCGCGUCUUUCUGCAGAAACACGAGUGGGCAUGUGGGAUCGGAGCCGGAACUAUGGAUACCAAUCUGUCGCAAGAUCCAGAAUACCAAAAACAUUUUCUCGGCCUCUACCAUGGCGGCGGCUCCCGAAAUGUCUGCGCGUACGCGUCGAGGACGCACGAAACCUCCAAUGGCUGGGACGACAAUCAGAGGCUUGCCAUCCUCUUCGACUUUCACAAGGGGGUGAUGCAGUGCUACGAAGACCUGUCGCCCUUCGGACGCCCCGUACGGAUUCAAGCUGGCGAAGAGCUCUGGAAGCCGACGGAUGACCCAGACUUUGUGCGCUGGUCGAAAAACCUGCGCUUGGGAGGCUCCGCCUCAGGCGCCACCUACAUUGUCGAGGACUACGUGGCGAGUGGCUCCUUCAGUCGCGUCUUCCGUGUCCGCAAAGAAGGCGGCGAAGAGCGACGAAGGCGCUGGGGGCCAGGCGGCGAGGUCCUUGCCGCCAAAGUGAUGCGGAAGGAGGACGCCUACAUCCAGUACACUUCCAGCGGCCCUGGCGAGGGGCAGUUGCUGCAGAGGUUGGAAAGUGCCCAGCUUGAGGCCGGCGCCGAGGUGCUCACGAUGCGAUGCCUGGACUCCUUCGCCACCAAAGACGAUGCCGGCAAGGACUACUGGUGCCUUAUCCUGGAAUGGCUGGAUGCAUCACUCUUCGACGUGGUUCGCAUGAAUGGCAAUCGGGGUCUGCACUUGUCUAUGGUGCGGGUCAUGCUUACGCAGCUACUGCAGCAGCUGAAAGUGUUGCAAGAGGUGGGGUGCACCCACACCGAUAUCAAGCACAAGAACUGCUGCUUGGCGUCAACGGAGCACUACGUGGCCAGUCUGCCAGGCGGAGGUUCGACGAUGAUACUGACACAACCACUGGUGAAGUUCAUCGACUACGGGAACGCCGUCUUCGAAGGGGACAAGAAGCCGCACCCCAUCCACACGAAGCAGUUUCGCGCCCCGGAGGUCCUGCUCAACAUUCGGGUUGGGGUCCACCCAGCGACACCUGGACACUGGGUGUGA